AUGAGACUAUGCAAAUCUAUUAAGCGCAAAGAUUACCGUGCCAUCCUAGAGAGACUUCGGUCCGGAAUCGAUCUGAAUACCCGUAUUGGUGAAGCCUGGAAUCCACUAAUCUUGGCCGUGCGUACUAAGGACUUGGCUUUGAUUCAACUCCUCCUUCGUGCAGGGGCAGACGUCAAUUUACCUCUUGAGCGUGGAGCUUAUGGGAGCGCUUUGAAUGCGGCAUGCUUCGAGAUUGAAGCCCCUAGCCACUAUAAAGUUGUUGAACUUCUGUUGAGUUUUGGCGCCAAUGUUAACAUGGUGCCAGCUCACAGUCAAUUCGGAAGUCCACUGGGUCUGGCUGUGGAAACCGACGACCGCACAUUGAUCCAACUUUUAAUUAAUGCAGGCGCAGAUGUUAAUCUGUCCACUGCAAGUCGCACGUUUGGAAGCGCUUUAGCUUUGGCGAGCUUCAAAGGAUACUUCGUGGCCGUGGCAGUCUUGUUAAAUGCUGGCGCCGAUGUUAACCUGGUUUUGAAUGAUGGCAAAUUUGGAAAUGCGCUCAUGGCAGCUCUGGCAUCGCAGAAUAUCAAGAUGGUUGAAUAUCUAGUGGAAUCGGGGGCGAAUGUGAACACGCAGGUCCAUCAUAACAUAAGUGCUGGUGCCUUGAUUUCAGCCUGUCGUCUGGGCAAUGUCAACCUUGUGGAGGAUCUUCUCCAGGCUGGAGCAAAUGUUGAUUUACAACUUGAAAGCAGCCCGCAUGGACAUAAAUGUGGGAGUGCACUUGUUGCAGCUUGCCUUUCUCCGCAAAUAACAAUAGCAAAGCUUCUGCUUGAUGCUGGCGCAAAUCCAAAUCUACAGGUCAAGGAAGGUGAAUAUGGGAGCCCGCUUGCAGCAGCUUGCUGUAACAAGAAAAGUUCAGCUUUUGUGUCCCUAUUACUCAAAGCCGGGGCUGACCCAGAUCUUUCUAUCGCCCACGGAACGUAUGGCAAUGCCAUAUCCGCAGCAAUUACUAAGAAAAACCGCGGCGCUGUUUCCAAACUGAUCAAUGCUGGCGCUUGGCUUGGUCCACUCUCGGAAAUUCUCCUGUCACAGAUCUCUCAGGGGAUGACUCCUUCUGGGAACUCCAUUCCCGAUCUUAUUCAAUGGACAUUCAUCUCAGAGCUCCCGGAAGUUGAAGGAAAUAAUUCCAGACGCAUUUCGGACUACCAGUGGCUGCGGAACGCGGUCGCAGUAAUCAAGCAACACGGUGUCAUGAAACUAACCACUCUUUAUGAUUGUUUGAGCCAUAUUGACUCUGGACUAUUUUUAUUGGAUAUACUUACAAGAGCUUAUCGGGUUAGCUCUCAAUUCUAUGGCAAGCUCACCAAUUCCUAUUGUUUAUUCUUGGCUCCCAUUUGA